AUGCAUAUACCCGAGGCCCAGAGAGUGUUUCUUGAUGCCGUGCAGGAGUCACUUGGCCGAUAUGAUUCACAAUUGAGAGAUAUCAACCAAAAAAUCUGGUCUAACCCAGAGCUUGCAUAUGAGGAAUACCAAGCUCAUGACAAUAUUUGUGAACUAUUUGACAGCCUCAAGUCUGAUGGAUACAAAGUCCAGAGGAAAGCUUAUGGAGUCGAGACCGCCCUUGAAGUUGAGUAUACUUUUGGCGAAGGAGGGCGUGUAGUGGCAUUCAAUGCUGAAUACGAUGCUCUGCCUGGUAUCGGUCACGCUUGUGGUCAUAACUUGAUCGCGACUAGCUCUAUAGCUGCAUUUAUCGCUACCUGUGAAGCGAUGAAAGCCCAGGCUCAAUCUCAAUCCUCGGCCAUCCGAGGCUUUACCGUUCGACUACUUGGUACCCCAGCAGAGGAAUCUGGUGGUGGUAAAGUAAAGCUUAUUAACAGUGGCGCAUACAAAGAUGUGGACGCAUGUCUCAUGGUUCACCCUAUUCCAAUGACGCCAGCAAGCCCUGACUUGCUGAGCAUAGCAACUGUCGUCGAGGGAGGCUUUCUGGCCAAUGAUAAAGUCCAGGUGACAUUUACUGGCAAGCCUGCUCAUGCUGCAGCGGCUCCUUGGGAAGGAAUAAAUGCACUUGAUGCCGUUGUUUCGGCCUAUGUGAAUAUUUCUAUGCUCCGGCAGCAGAUUCUUCCUUCUCAGAAGAUUCACGGAGUCAUCAAGAAUGGAGGCGAUCGCCCGAAUAUUAUACCCAUGUCUGCGACUGUAGAUUAUUAUAUAAGAUCACCAACUAAGAAGACCCUCAAACCUUUGACUGAGAAGGUUCUCAAAUGCUUUGAAGCUGCUGCUACUGCCACGGGAUGUACACUUGAGUAUACUUGGGGACCCAGCUACGAUGAUCUAAAGUCUAAUAUGCCUAUUUGUGAAAGUUAUGUUUCAGCAAUGAGAGCGAUGGGCCAUCACACCUUGCUUGAUAACUCAGAGCGAAAAGGUGCUCUUGCUGGUGCAUCUACCGAUAUGGGAAACGUAUCUUAUGCUGUGCCCGGUUUCCAUGGACUAUUUUGCAUUCCGGUCGACGGAGUUAACCAUACGCCUCAAUUCACUAGCGGGGCUGGUUCAUCGGAGGGACACGAAAGGGCCAUUGCAUGUGCAGCAGGUAUGGCUGUGGUCGCGUGCCAAGUGUUGGUCGACGAUGAGUUUGCCGAGAAAGUUAAAAGUGAUUUUGCACGCGAGUGA